CUGCGCUCAGAUCCCCGCGGGCAGCCAGUGAAGCGGCCGUUGCGGCGCCAGCGACCCGGGCUCGGCUCGCCCCUCUCCCUGAAAUCCGACCGCUCUGCCCCGUGUGGCGCGCUGGUUCGCCUCGCCAGUGUUAACCCACGCUCCCCCCUCGAAGCCAUGGUGAUGUUCAAGAAGGUGAAGACUUUCACGCUGGCCUUCAGCGAGCCCGAGAAGGUUUAUUGCAGCGGGGAGAAGGUGGCCGGGCGCGUGCUGGUGGAGGUGGCCGAGGUGACCCGCGUCAACGCCGUCAAGGUGCUGGCGUGCGGGGUGGCCAGGGUCAACUGGGCCAAGGGCCCCCAGCAGUGCAGGCAGGAGAUGGAGUAUCUGCGCUUCGAGGACGUGCUGGCCCUGGAGGAGCAGCCCACCGAUGGGGACGGCUCCGUAAUCCUGAGACCUGGCAAUAAAUACGAGUACAAGUUCGGAUUCGAGCUCCCGCAGGGGCCUCUGGGUACCACGUUCAAGGGCAAGUACGGCUGCGUGGAUUAUUGGGUGAAGGCUUUUCUGGAGCGCCCGUCCUUCCCCACCCAGGAGAUAAAGAAACGCUUCGAGGUGAUGGAUCCUGUCGACGUGAACACUCCGGAAUUGUUGUCCCCGGUUGCUGCCAAGAAGGAGAAGAAGGUGUCUUGUAUGUUCAUCCCCGACGGACGCGUGUCGGUCAGCGCCCAGAUCGACAGGAAGGGGUUUUGUGAAGGUAGGAGCUUGUCCUCCCUUGUCAGAGCUGGGGAGGAAGGGGGUGUUGGACACGAGGGGGAGCGUUGGGAAUACCAAACAGGCGAGGAAAAAGCCCCGACUUCGCUCAACGCUGCAUCCCCUCCCUCCCCAGGCGACGACAUCUGCAUCAACGCCGACUUCGAGAACACGUGCUCGCGCAUCGUGGUGCCCAAAGCCGCCAUCAUCGCCAAGCACACCUACCUGGCCAACGGCCAGACCAAGGUCUUCACCCAGAAACUCUCCUGCGUCCGCGGCAACCACAUCAUCUCGGGCAUGUCCGAGUCCUGGCGCGGCAAAACCAUCCGCGUCAAGAAGCUCAAACCCUCCAUCCUGGGCUGCAACAUCCUGCGCGUCGAGUAUUUCCUGCAGAUCUACGUGAGCGUCCCCGGCUCCAAGAAAAUCAUCUUGGAGCUGCCCCUGGUCAUCGGCAGCCGCUCGGGCAUCGGCAGCCGCAGCUCCAGCAUGGCCAGUCAGACCAGUUCCGAGAUGAGCUGGGUGGACUUGAACCUCCCCGACGCUCCGGAAGCCCCCCCGUGUUACCUGGACAUCGUCCCUGAAGACCAUCGCCUGGAGAGCCCCACCACCCCGCUGCUGGACGACCCCGAGGGCUUCGACAGCCCCAUCUUCAUGUACGCGCCCGAGUUCAAGUUCAUGCCGCCCCCCACCUACACCGAGGUGGAUCCCUGCAUCGCCAACAACAACGUGCAGUGAGCGCCGGGGCGGACGUUCCUCUCCCGCUUCUGAUUUUUGGGACUAAAUCCACUGUGCGGUGACACCCCCGCGGUGCCACCCGCCCCGGUGCCAGCGUCCUGCCGCGGCUCCCGGCGAGCGCGGAGGUGGCCGAGUGUCCGGAGUCUGUGCGCUCCCUCCCGCGACCGAGGUUCUGGACCUUGCCGACAGCCAAAAUCCUGGGAAAAAGCCCCAAACUCCCUUUGGUGCUGGAGAAUCGUGAGCGGGGAGGCGUCGGGGUCACAAACCCUUUGGAGACGUGUUGAGUCCAGCCUAAAACAACCAAAAAAGACUCAGUGUCCAAAAUCGACGCCGCACACCGUCCUUGGGGACACACCACGCGACCCGCGUCGGUUCCCUGUCUCUGAACGCACAUGCGUGUGCAAAGCUUGGGACUAAACCCGGCUCUAUGGCAGCGGGGUUGUUGGUUUUAAACUUAAAACCCUUUAAUCCCAGAGUGCAACCCGUCCCUGGUGCUCCCGCUGCUCCUGGGGAGGCACCAGCCCUGCUCUGGGCAGCUAAGCCUGGCCUAGAGUUCCAUCAGGAAGCCCUGCCUGCUAAACCUGGCUUUAGGCUGCAGUUGGCAGAGCUGGUUUAUGCUGUGGUCAGCCUGUCAGCCGAGCCGUGGGGCGGGAUCCCGCCUGCCCCGCACCGGUGAAGACACGCGAUGUUAAAGAGGCUCGUUUUGUACUGGUUUUGUAUUGUUAUGGGGGGGGAAGCCAAGUGUUCUAUUUUGUACCGUUUCUAUUUCUGCCCCCAUGGGGCAACAUUUCUAAUAAAGAGACAAAUAAAGGUG